AUGAUUAAUAUAGCCAUAGGUUUGUACAUAUUUGCAUCGCUUACUUCGUUGGUUUCAGCUAGUCUCUUUGAUUUUAUUAAUCAUCAGUUUGGUCACCAACAACAGCAGCAAGACCCGCUUGACUAUGAAAACUCGGUCUUAAAUGCUGCUUGCGAUAAAUUCGUGUGUCCGGAGACUUCAAUUUGCGUUGAUGAGCCUAAGUUCUGCCCUUGUCCCUUUCCAAGUUCGCAACUCAGAUGUUUUUUGCCAAAUGGGCAGCAUAUUUGCAUUUCAAAACCUGCCGGAGAAAUCAGUGCCAAUUACAGAGACCCUAAAACAAAUUGGAAAAUUGACGCAAAGGAUGAUGAUAUAAGAGACUGUGGAUGGGUCAAUCGGGCAGUCAAGGGCCUUGUUUAA